UCACACCCUUCGAAUUUUGUUUGCUCUGUCUAGUCACCCGCAUCAGCCACACCAUGAGUACACUCUUGUCCACUGUUGAAUACCCCAAAGCUUUCCCAUCCACUAAAGCCAAAGGCGAUGCCUCAAUGCUCAUCGGAAGAACUCCACUUGUGUUUCUCAACAAAGUGACUGAAGGAUGUGAGGCUUAUAUUGCAGCCAAGCAAGAACAUUUCCAGCCUACUUGUAGCAUCAAAGACAGACCAGCUUUAGCCAUGAUUGUGGAUGCAGAGAAGAAAAACUUAAUCACCCCUGGAAAAACAACAUUGAUAGAGCCAACUUCAGGAAACAUGGGAAUAAGUUUGGCUUUCAUGGCAGCAAUGAAAGGAUACAAGAUUAUAAUAACAAUGCCUUCUUACACAAGUUUGGAGAGGAGAGUGACAAUGAGAUCAUUUGGUGCAGAGCUUGUCCUCACUGAUCCAACCAAAGGAAUGGGUGGAGCUGUUAAGAAAGCUUAUAAACUCCUUGAGACAACUCCUGAUGCUUUUAUGUUGCAACAAUUUAAUAAUCCAGCAAACACUCAGGUUCAUUAUGAUACGACUGGUCCUGAGAUUUGGGAAGAUACACAUGGGAAUGUCGAUAUAUUCGUGAUGGGAAUUGGCACUGGAGGUACAGUCACUGGUGUUGGGAGAUACCUUAAAUCUAAAAACCCCAAUGUUAAGAUAUAUGGAGUGGAGCCUGCUGAAAGCAACAUACUCAACGGUGGCAAACCAGGUCCACAUGAGAUCACGGGCAAUGGGGUUGGAUUCAAACCGGAUAUCUUGGAUAUGGAUUGUAUGGACAAAGUUCUUGAGGUUAGUAGUGAGGAUGCUGUAAAAAUGGCUAGAGAAUUGGCAUUGAAAGAAGGUCUCAUGGUUGGGAUAUCGUCGGGGGCUAACACCGUGGCGGCAAUAAGACUAGCGAAAAUGCCAGAAAAUAAAGGCAAACUCAUUGUGACGAUUCAUCCAAGCUUUGGAGAGAGAUAUUUGUCGUCUGUUCUGUUUGAUGAACUGAGGAAAGAAGCAGCAGAAAUGAAACCAGUUUCAGUGGACUGAUUUGGUUUAGUUUGAUGAAAAAAGACUCUUUACUCAAAAAUGUUAUGUUGAAGUUAGGACCAAAAUAAAAGAAAGUGUGAUUGUAUCAUGCUUGUUUUAUAUUUGAUGUUAUUUGGGAAAUAAUUAUGUCAACUAUCAAAAUCAAUAAUGUAUUUCUAUUUCUGAUUCUCUGUUUAAGAAAUGUUUUGUUCUGUG